AUGGCAUACCUAGGAGAAGAUAAAUGCUUCAUUGAAAGUGUAGAUCCAGACAUCAUGUCUUAUGAUGAUAUUCAAGACAUGGUUGACCAAUUAGGUUAUGGGGUGAUUACUCAAGUAUUUUACACAGUACCAUAUUUAGAGGGUAGUCAGAAGUUCAGAGAAAUCAAGUGUGAUUUGGAUGUUUUGAGAAUGUUUUAUGAUUAUGAAGCUCAAGGAGAAACCAACUUGAUAAAGUUGUACAUUGUUGCACCUUUCUUGAAUAUGCAAGGGUAUGAGGUUCCAAUAGACAUUGCUGAAAAAGAGGACUCAACUAAUGAUUUUGAACAACUGGAAUCAGACUAUGCUCCUAGUGAUGAGUUAAUUAGUCUAUGUAGCUCUGAUGAAGAGGAUAGUGGUCCUAUGCAGCAAGAAUAUAUGCCUUCAAGGGAUUUAGGGGUCAAAGAAGUAGAAUUAGGCAUGAAAUUUGGGACUGCUGCAGAUUUUAGAUUGGCAGUUAGGGAAACAGCAUUAAAGAAAAGGUUUGAUGUAAAGUUUACAAAGAAUGAUGGAGAUAGGGUGAAUGUAGUUUGUAAAAAUGAGUGUGGUUGGAAGAUUUAUGCUAGCAAACCAGAGGAUGAGGAUUGUUUGAUAGUGAAGACAUAUGUGACUGAACAUACAAACUGCCUUUGGUUUCAAACUAAUUCACAGGCUUCGUCUUCUUACUUAGCUAAUAAGUAUUUAGAGCAGUUGAGAUCAAACCCAAAGAUGCCUCUUCAGACACUUAAGAGGACUAUUGCUUGUGAGUUGAACAUUGAUGUGUCAGAACACAAAGUCAAAAGGGCUAAAAGAAAAGCAUUGAAAGUUAUUGAGGGAGAUGAGGCAGAGCAGUAUGGCAAGAUGAGGGAGUACUGUCAGUUGAUCUGUGCAUCUAACCCUGGCAGUGUUGUUAAAAUUCAGACUGAGCCCACAUGUGAGGAGAAUGUGAGGAAAUUUCAAAGGGUUUUUAUUUGUUAUGCAGCAAUGAGAAAUGGUUUUAAAGAAGGUUGUAGGCCACUAAUUGGUGUGGAUGGGUGUUUUCUAAAGGGGCCAUAUGGUGGCCACAUUCUCAGUGCAAUAAGUAUUGAUGGGAAUAACCAAAUGUUCCCAGUAGCCUUUGCAGUAGUGGAAUCUGAGACAAGGGAUUCUUGGAGUUGGUUUAUGACAGAGUUGAUGGAUGCUGUGGGGCCUUAUGAGGAUAUCACAUUCAUAUCUGAUAGGCAGAAGGGUUUAGUAGACACCUUUGAGAAUAUCAUGGUUGGUUCAAAACACAGAUAUUGUGUGAGGCAUCUCUAUAAGAACUUCAAACUGAGGUUCAAAGGGCAGCAACUAAAAAUUGAAUUAUGGGAGGCUGUAAGGUCAUGUACAGAAGCAGAUUUUGAUGCACAUAUGAGGAAGAUACAUGAGUUAAAUGUGGAAGCUUAUAGGUGGCUUCAUAAUGUGCCAUCUGAAUUAUGGUCAAAGUCAGGUUUCUCAUACUAG